AUAACACUUAGUAAGUGUUCGAUAUACCACACCGAUAAGUCGGCGAAAUAAUUGCUCAUUAAGUUCUGGUAAAAAGUUGUUUAGAAGAGGAAAAAGAGCGUUUUAAGAUGUCCAAAGUGACCGUGCAAGACAUUGAGGCGGUGGACGACUACUGGGGACCGACAUUCCGUUCGAUCCUCGAAGGCAACAACACCAAGCAGAUUGGCGACCAACUGGAGCAGCGUAUACGGAGCCAUGACAAGGAGAUCGAGCGGAUCUGCAAUCUGUACUACCAGGGCUUCAUCGACUCAAUUCAGGAGCUGCUCCAGGUGCGCACGCAGGCACAGCAGCUGCACAACGAGGUGCAUUCCCUGGACACUUCCCUUCGCCAGAUCAGCGCCUCGCUGAUUCAGCAGGGCAAUGAUCUAGUGCGUGCUCGUCAGAUCGAAUCCAAUCUGGCCAGCGCCAUCGAGGCACUCAAAUCCUGUCUGCCCGCAUUGGAGUGCUACAUGAAGUUCACACAGCAGGCCAAGAACAAGCAGUACUACCAGGCGCUGAGAACUCUGGAGACGCUGGAGACGGAGCACCUAACGCGUUUGAAGACACACAACUAUCGAUUCGCCACCCAGAUGCAGAUACAGAUUCCCAUAAUCAAGGAAAACAUCCGUCGCUCUUCCGCCUCGGACUUUCGAGAGUUCCUCGAGAACAUCCGCAAGUUUUCGCCCCGCAUCGGCGAGCUGGCCAUCACACACACAAAACAGCUGCAAAAGCGUGAUAUCAACGCCAUCAUUGCCGAGCACAUGCAGCAGAUGAAUGGAGGCGAAGACGGCGGAGCAGGUGCUGGCGGGGAUGAUGAUGGUGCCAACGUUAGUGCUCAGGACCUGAUUGACUUCUCCCCCAUCUAUCGCUGCCUACACAUCUACAUGGUGCUGGGUCAGCGCGAAUACUUCGAGAAGGACUACCGUCAGCAGCGCAGGGAUCAGGCCAAACUGGUGCUUCAACCCCCGCCCAACAUGCACGACAAUUUGGAGGCCUACAAAACGUACAUAUGUGCCAUCGUUGGCUUCUUUGUGGUCGAGGAUCACGUUAAAAACACGGCGGGCGAUGUCGUGACCAGCAGUUAUUUGGAGGAUCUGUGGUCCAGCUCGCUAACCAAGUUUGUCAACGAGAUCAGCAUGAGUUCUUCGUCCUGCACCGAUCCUAAUAUCCUUCUGCGCAUUAAGAACCUCAUUAUGCUGUCCAUCAAUACGUUUAAGUGCUACGGUUACACCGUGAACAUCCUCUGGGAACUAUUGCACAACAUGCGGGAUCAUUAUAAUGAGGUUUUACUGCAACGCUGGGUGCAUGUGUUCCGCGAAAUUCUCGACAAGGAACAGUUUCUGCCCAUGGUUGUGCAAAACACGGAAGAGUAUGAAUGCAUCAUCGAACGAUUCCCCUUCCAUUCGGAACAGCUUGAAAACACUCCCUUUCCGAAGAAAUUCCCCUUUUCGAGAAUGGUGCCGGAGGUGUAUCACCAGGCGAAGGAAUUCAUGUACGCCUGCAUGAAGUUCGCCGAGGAGCUCACCCUAUCGCCCAACGAGGUGGCCGCCAUGGUGCGCAAGGCGGCCAAUCUUCUGCUCACGCGAAGUUUCAGUGGCUGUCUAUCUGUGGUGUUCCGCCAGCCUAGCAUCACGCUGACGCAGCUCAUCCAGAUCAUAAUCGACACGCAGUACUUGGAGAAGGCAGGACCGUUUCUGGACGAGUUCGUGUGUCACAUGACCAACACAGAGAGAAGUGUAUCUCAAACACCAUCGGCCAUGUUCCAUGUGGCCCGGCAAGACGCCGAGAAGCAAGUGGGCCUACGUAUUUGCUCGAAGAUCGAUGAGUUCUUCGAGCUAAGCGCCUAUGACUGGUUACUGGUAGAGCCACCAGGAAUAGCCUCCGCCUUCAUUACAGACAUGAUUUCCUACCUAAAGAGCACCUUUGACAGCUUUGCCUUUAAGCUGCCCCACAUCGCCCAGGCGGCCUGCCGACGCACCUUCGAGCACAUUGCAGAGAAGAUUUACUCGAUCAUGUAUGACGAGGAUGUAAAGCAGAUUUCCACUGGAGCACUCACACAAAUCAACCUGGAUCUAAUGCAGUGCGAGUUUUUUGCGGCCUCGGAACCCGUGCCUGGUCUGAAGGAAGGAGAGCUGAGCAAGUACUUCCUGCGUAACCGUCAGCUGUUGGACCUGCUCAUCCUAGAGGAAUGGAGCACGUAUUUCCAUGACUAUGGCAAGCAAGAGAACCGCUACCAUCUGGUGCAACCUCAGUCUAUUAUUGUGAUACUAGAAAAGAUUCGCGAGGCGGACAAGAAGCCCAUUUUCUCGCUGGUGCGAAAGAAUGACAAGAAGAAGCUUUUGGAGACGGUGCUAAAGCAGCUAAAGCACAUCGCCGAUAGACAGAAUUAGAAAUAUCAGGCUGUUAGUUAGUUGGGGCUUUAAGCAAACACUAUUGUUUUAACCAAGUGUUUGCUUGUUGAAUUCUUCGUGUAAUCAUUAACUAUAGCUUUUCAUCUUUAUUGUUUAGGCUAAUUUGAGUUUUCACAUGGAAAAAGUAUUUAGUUCUCAUUACAUUUGAUUCGAUUUGUUUUUAUAAAAGACAAAUUUCAAUUGAAACUGCUCGACCCGUUGAACGUGUAAAGUUGUAUUUUGAAUUUUGAUUCUUAUGUACAAAAAGCGCAGAAGUUUAGCGGUUGCCUACGUACGGAUUGUUGAUAAAUACAAAACGAAAACGACAUAAAAUGAAAACAAACGGAGAGGAACGUCUAAAUAACAAAUUGUAUAUAAUUAUUAGAUGUAUGUAGCGUACGUGUAUUGUGUAGGUAUAUUCCGCAAAUCGUAAUAAACUAACUUCUAAGUUACGUA